GCUCCGUGGGCUCCUCUAGAUCCAUAUCCUGCAGAUCAAGAUUGUCCUUUCCCUCCCUAAGCUACACCCCAGUCUCUGGGUGGUCAAAGGGACUCAUCGGGGGACAGCACGAUGUCCUGCUUCCCACUCCGUGUACUGUUGGUGCUGUUAAUGCAGGGGUCACUGUCUGGCACUCACACCUGUCCCCCGCAAUGUGUCUGUGAGACUCGUCCAUGGUUCACCCCCCAGUCAGUCUACCACGAGGCCCGCACGGUGGAUUGCAAUGACCUGCUGCUGACUCACGUGCCCAGCAAUCUCUCCUCGGACACGCAAGUUCUUCUGCUGCAGAGCAACAAGAUAUCCAAAGUCAAUGGGGAGCUUCAGCACCUGUCCAACCUGACGGAGCUCGACCUGUCACAGAACCACUUCUCCAGGAUUAGUGACGCCGGGUUGGCGAACCUCUCCCGCCUCAUUACUCUUUACUUGGAGGAAAACCAGGUGGAGGAGCUGCCUGACCACUGCUUGAGUGACCUGGCCUCUCUCGAGGAACUGUACAUAAACCACAACCGCAUCUCCUCCAUUGAGCCCCUGGCGUUUGCCGGCUUGACCAGUCUGCUCCGGCUGCACCUCAACGCCAAUCGUCUCCGUGCCAUCGACCACCGCUGGUUCCUCUCGCUCCCCAACUUGGAGAUCCUGAUGAUUGGAGAGAACCCCAUCUCCCAACUACAAGCCGGUAGCUUCCGCCCACUGGGACGGCUUCACAGCCUCGUCUUGGCUGGGAUGGAGCUAAGGGAGAUCCCCUCAGAUGCUUUCCAAGGGCUGGACUACCUGGAGAGUUUGUCCUUCUUUGAUAACCACCUGACACAUGUCCCCACUGGGGCCCUGAAAGGUCUGCCUCUCUUGAAGUUCCUGGAUCUCAACAAGAACCCUAUCGCGGAGGUGCAGGCAGGGGACUUCCAGGACAUGCUACACCUGGAGGAACUAAGCCUCAAUGGCAUGGAGGAACUGACAGGCAUUCACAAAGGUGCUUUUGAGAACCUUCCAGAGCUGGCCAAGCUCGAACUGUGCAACAACCCACGUCUGUCCUACUUGCAUCCUGGUGCAUUCCAGGAGGUGCCUGCUCUUCGCACUUUGCUUGCUAGCAAUACAGCCCUCAGUCUCCUCCCGCUAGGGGUGACAGAUGACUUGCCCGCCUUGGCUGAGCUCAGUUUUUACGGGAACCCACUGCGCUGCGAUUGCCCAGAGGCUUGGCAACCGUUAGCCACGGGGGCCAUUCGGUUGAUUGAGUCCCAAAGUACUCUCUGCAGCUCACCUGCAAUAGCUGCCGGGCAACAACUCCAGGAAGCCCUGAAAAAUGGCAUGGUAGGAGCUUGCUUGCCGGACAUAUCCUCCAAGGGCCUCCCGGAGCAGCUGGAGGUACCCUCGGGCUCGACAGUAGCUUUGGAUUGCCAGGUCAGCUCAGAACCACCAGCACAGCUCCACUGGAUAGCACCAUCUGGGGAAAAAGUAACCACAGGGACAGGGAAGCUGCACCUGAGGGUAGGGGGAACCCUAGAGAUAACCUCGAUCAGCCCAGGAGACUCCGGAAUCUACACUUGUGUGGCAUGGAAUGUACUGGGCUCCACCAGCCAGACCGUGGCCGUGGCUGUGAUCAGUGAAAGACCCGUCACCCCCGCCAGGCUGCUGGUCCUUGCUAAGAAGGUACAGUCACAUUUUGUGGUGGUGGAGUGGUCGACAUCCUUCUCAGAUGGGCAGGGAAAUGAGAGGGGUGGCGGGUCAGUGACUGCCCAGCCACCUCCUCCUUCUCUGUGGUCCUCGGCGACCAUGCGCAUCCAUAACCCCCACUUGAGCUACACAGCACGGGUUCCGGUGGGUAUCCGGGAAUUCAACCUCACACACUUGCAGCCUGCCACCCGUUAUGAGAUUUGCCUCACCGUCAUGUCUUCCAUCCCCAAGGCUUCAGAGAUGGGUGGUUACACCGAUGUUCCCCCAUCCUUAACCAUCUCCACAGGCUCUUCAUUAUCUUCCACGAGUUCUUUCGAAACAGUCUUAGCAACCACAGGUGCUUCUCUGGGGUCGCUGGCAGCCCCCAAAGGGUCUUCGACACCUCCCAGAAGUCACCUAGCAGCUAUGCUUUCCUUAGCAACUUCCAAAGGCUCCUCUGCACCUCCUACGGACCCCUCGACCAUCUCCACCUUUACUCCGCCCCUUCCACACCUGCCUCGCAUGCAGCACUCUUGCCUCAACGUCACCACCAAGGAAGCGUCGCUUUCCGUGGAACUGAUGGGCGGGUGGGCUGGCGGGGCAGCCCUGGCCGCCGUCACCGGCUCCUUGUUAGCGGCCCUGAGCGCAGUGCUUCUGCUUCUCUACGCCUCGCGGCGGCUCAAGGAAAAAGGAUGCCGCCAUUCUCUGAAGAAGUACAUGCAGCACGCAGCCGCCAUUCCACUCAACGAGGUCUAUCCACCGCUGAUCAGCUUGUGGGACGCUGAGGGAGACCCGCCUACGCCGAUGGCGCCGCUUUCGCAACUGGCUCCGCCCACACCUCUGCCUCUGCCUCCCAUCACCGUAGGACACUCUCUUCUGCUGUCGCCCUCGGCUAGUCAGAUUGAUACAUCCAAGACGUAUCUAUGGCAACAGCCAUGAACAAGAUAUAUGAGAUGGGCAGGCCCACAACGCCUCUGACUCCGGCCACUGGCAGGAAACCUCCCCCCUCCCCACAGAUUUUAGGGUAUAGGAGUGGGGCUUCCAGAGUCUUCCCAAACCAUGUCCUUGCCUCCCACCAUACCCCCUUGCACAUCCAU